UCCGGGGGUUGGCUGUGAUCACGUGACCCGCUGAAUGCGUACGCGCCGGGGCCAGCAGUGAAGAUGGCGGACGAGAGUGCAGACGGGGAUCUGGAGCAGAGUGGCCGAGGCUGGGCGGACGAGGACACGUUUUACGCCAUGGAGAGUUUGCAGGCGACGCUGCAGCACUUCGAGGCCGUCCUCAGACAGCAAGACAUCUCGGAGGCGUCGUCCAGCGAGUACUGCGACAACUUCUGUCAGGCUCUCAUGCACUACGCCGGGAGUCGGAAUUCGGCAGAGCACGGACUGACGCUGCUGGAAGUCUACUGUCUCUCCAUCAACUGCUUUGCAUCAGCGAGGCCGCACCUGACGGCCAAUUUGUCCAGCGUGGCCCUCGUACUAAAGAGACUCGCACUGAGCUGCUUUGAGUUGCUUCUGUCCGUACCUCAGAAUGAGAUCCCGUUCGAAGCCUGGCUGCAGUUUCAUGGCUGUGUUCAGGCGGCGCAUGAAGCCAUGCUGGAGUACGGGAGCACAGACUUACAAGCGCUGGUGCAGAUCACUGGAGAGGGCGGGGCAUGGAGUAACCCCGCCCUGGUCGCACUCCUUACCGAGCAGCCCACAGAAGCAGAUGAAUUGAAUGCCUACCUGGGUCUGGAAGGAGGGGACUUUCUUGAGAUGAGGAUCAAGCAUCUGGAGAAAGUAGGAGAGGUUCAGAAGGCUCUGAUCCUGACUAAAGCCUGCGGCAACUGCAGCCUUUUGCCCAAUCAGUCCACUUUUCGCCAAACUUAUGUCACACAGCUCUGUCGGCAACUACCCAGCGAGGACGCCAUGCAGGAGAUUUCUGCAUUAGAUGGGAAGGAUGUUUUGGACAUCAUUUGCAACAUGGAGACGGAAGGUGACGAGAACACGGCCUUCAUCCUUUGCACCACUUACUUGACGCAGCAGCUGCAGAAAGGGAACCUUUACUGUUCCUGGGAGUUGACACUGUUUUGGAGUAAGCUGCAGAGGAGGCUUGAUGGUUCUCUUGAAUCAUUCCUAGAACGCUGCCUUCAGUUUGGGGCCAUAGCAAAGACUGUUUAUCAUCUUCUCUUUCUGAUUCGAGUGAUUCAGACUGAGGUAAUGCACCUUGGUCUGGCAGUUUCUGUUGAACUUUGCGUAAAGGCCCUUCAGCUUCCAAGGCAAGAGUAUCCAGAAACCAAAACCACUGUGUGCGAAACUGUGGCCUGUCUCCUCAUGGAAGAUUUAGAGAUCCUGCGAGCAUGCCAGCUCACAGAGUUCUUUUUAAGUCCCUCCCCAGAGAUUUUUUCAGCGCUUGAAGAUCUUUACAAGCUUCCGGAUCAGAAGUAUGCUGAAGAGAAGGCCGUAAUCCCAAAUUCGUUACGCUGUGAACUUCUGCUUGCGCUCAAGGCCCACUGGCCGUGUGACCCGGAGUUCUGGGACUGGAAGACACUAAAGUGCUACUGUAUGAAGUUGCUUGGACUGGAACCUGAAGAAGAAGACAGUCCAGUGUCUGAGCCUGUUCUUAGUGUGCCAACUGAGGCAAACGAAGAGGAAGAACAUGUUAACGAAGAUAAGCUCGAGGAUGCAGAACGCAGCAAUUCUGAAGAGAGGAGUGAGCAUGACCAGAAAGAUGAAGGGCUAUUGCAACAAAAAAGCUCAAAAGUGAUUCUCUGGUCUUCAGAAAGAUCCAAAAGGUGGCUUCAAUACAAAGUACGUUGUGAGAUAUGCCAGAAGGAGGUGAUCGAAACACGGUUGUCUCAUCAUGCCAGGAAGCACGUGGAGAAUGGCACGUGGACGUGUCCUGUGUGUCUGCAAAAAUGUGGUAGCAAAGAGGAGUUUGGGUCACAUUCCAAAGCACACCUCCAGAUGCCCGCAUAUCAUCUGAAAAGAAAGAAAGUUAAAAAUAAGAUGAAAUGUGAACAGGCGGUGGAUGUUGAUUCAAAAGACUUGGAACCUGGUGAGAUAAGUUUGGACACAUCCUCUGGUCUUUUCACGGAGCCACCUGCCGCUGUGCCUGAUAAGGAAGCAGACGAUGAUUACAUCACAUUUGAUUACAUAAAUACGCACUAUAUGUUACAGGAUCGUGAGGUUUAUGCUUGUCCCGCCACUGACUGUUUGAAAAACUUCAAACUUUACAAGUACUUAGGUGUUCAUCUAAAGAACGAUCACGAUGAUACAGACCCGAAUGUCAAACAUUACAUCGAGAUGAAUAAUCGUAGAGAGAAGUGCAUGUUCUGUCGGAGAACGUUUAUGACGGCCUAUCAUAACCAGAAGCACCGGAGCGUACAUUAUGGAGACUGUCCUUACGUGUGCGUAGUUGCUGGUUGCAAUGCGCGUUUCGAAACAGUCAACAAACUCAUCACGCACAAGCACAUGCAUAGUUUUCGGCUGUCCUACCACUGCGAACUGAAAGGUUGUAGCCUCUCCUUCUGUGACUUGGGUCAGCUAUUCCACCAUGAGGCUCAGCACUUCCGAGAUGCCGCGUACACCUGCACCAGCCCAGGCUGCAAGAAGUUUUACUACUCUCGUCAGGAAUUUCUGAAACACACAGACACCCAUGGCAUCACCUUCACAGAAAAGGACUUUGAGACCCAGAGGAAAGCGAGAAGGAAACUUAUGCUGCCUGUUUUAAAGGAGGAGGAUGGUACGAAAGGAUCCUUUGGAUCGAAGGGGCAAGGUUUAAAUGGUGAGGCAACAAACUCAUCAUCAUCAUUGUCAUCACAGCACUUGGAAGGCAAAGACUCCAAGAGUUUACCGACUUCUGUAGCUGUGUGUUUUGAUGGUAAAACAUUUACUUGUGGCUUGGAGAAAUGUGGCAGGACAUUCGAAAAAGCCAGAGAUAUUCAAAGGCACUUAAAAAUUGUACAUCCCAGGCAGCUUAAAAAAGAAAACAAAGUAUGCAAAACAGCUGAAAAUGAAAAGCAUUUAAUGGCGGCCAAAGCUGUAAAAGAUCAAGAUAAAGGUCCUACAAAAGAAUCUAGUCAAGAGGAACAGGCUACAGAUUCUGUUCCAUGUGAUCAAGGAACUUCACCACCCAGUAGUCAUGUGCAUCACACUCAACUGUCCGGCACAUUGACUGAAAUUGUGCUUGGGCUUAAUCAAUUAAGUCUUAAUUCUACCACCUCCAAAAAAGCAAAUCAUAGUUCACAUGCGUCAGCAUCUAAAGUGCCACAAGUGGCCUGCCCUAAAACUGUGAACACUAUAUUGCAAACCAAAGCAACGGCAGUUAAAACGGAGUUAGGAUCUCAUCAAGCGGCUGCUGAUUUGCAGAGGCAGCAAUUAAAUUCUCCGCCACCUCAGCCGGAAUCGCCCCAGACGUCCGUUAAGGAUCCCACUUUGAACGGCAUCAAACCUUUCACUUGUGAAGUGGAAGGCUGCGUCUAUGGGAGUGUGACUAGUAAUGCUUUAAUGAGGCACUAUGUCAGAAAGCAUGAGUAUUCCGACGAGAAGGUGAAACGAAUGGACAUUUUUAACCCUCAUAAGUUCAGACCUUUCAAAUGCCACCUCUGCUGUAAGGGUUACAAAGAAAAGAAAGAGUUGAAAGCCCAUUAUAUUCAGAAACAUGAGCUGAGCAAGGAUACGGCCGAGGAAAUUCUGUGCUCUUUUGCAGGGAAAGUGGAUGAUUCUCAAUCCUCUCCUCUAAAGACAAAGGAGGUCAAGAUCGAAAAAAAAGAUGAGCUUAUUGGGAAGAACCUGCUUCUAAGUGAAGAACACUGUGUGUGUAAAGACAACACAGAAAGAAGCAAUGGCAAAAUUAUGACCGAACACAGAAGUCUGAGGGGUAAGCAGAUGUCGUCAUCAUCCCAAGAAGGCACUUCUAAGGAUAAAACAGAUGUUAGUAGUGAUGCAGCCUCAGUGAACAGAAGGGUUAGUCAACGUCUGAUGACUAAAGUGAAGGAAGAUGAAGACAAACCCUAUUGUUGUUUACAUAAAGGCUGUAGCGCUGGCUUCACUAGGAAGUUCAACCUUCUGCGCCACCUACAGGCUGUGCAUUACCACCGUUCCAGUGUUUGUUGGCAAAAGGCUUUCACUUGUAAACAUGAUGGAUGUAACAAGCGGUUUAUUCAUCAACGCAGUCUAAACAGACACUACCGUAAGGUCCAUCCAGUAUCCGAGGAUCCCAUUCCGAGGUUCAAGUGUACCUUUCCCAAGUGCAAUGCAACCUACCACCUGAAGAGCAGCCUUAUCCGCCACAAUAAUCAAACACACCAGGCUCAGGCUCUGCCGAAGUCCGCGGCUCCAUCUUCAGUCUGCAAGUUCAAAGACGUCUACAAACGCUACGACAACUCAGGUCCCCUUGUGGUGCGUCUACAAAGUACGCACAAGCGAGAAAGUUCCAAUAGUGGCUGCCAAAAAAAACUCAUCAUCACACCUAGUGCUCAGUCUCUAAAAGUCUCCAAAAGGCCAUCUUUAAGAUGCUCUCCUAAAGCCGAACAGAAUGUCGAACACAACAAAAAAAACCCAGAGGAGGAGGCGGGUAACAAAUGUGUAAAACCAAAGACAUGGGGCAAGUUUGUGUUCCGUACACCUGAGGAGGCUUUGCAGAUGUGCCAAGACCGCUGCUUUUCUGAGGCUUUUCCGUGCAUGGUACAGAGCUGCAAUUCUGUGGUAACCAGCAAGCGCAGCCUGUACCGACAUUACCUACAAUGUCACAAAAUGCUACACAUCAAAGUAAAGACAAAUAGAGACACCCUUUUUUAUACUGCUGAACAACUAGAAGAACUGAUACAAAAGAAGUCCACUGUAUCCGCUUUGCCAGAUUCAGACAGGGCUCCCAAUGGGGUCCUGAAAAUGGAGUAUCAAGCCAAGCCUGAGAACUCUGCAGCACCGUGCCUUCCCAUGAGCCUCCAUUCUGUCAAAUCCGAGCAAACGAAUCAAGAGGCGUCUUCCUCAAGGCGGUCCCUUUCUAAAUGCAGCGUAAUGAUUGGUGCGGAUGAUAUGCUAUAUGGGGAGUCUAAUGGCCAUGCAGAGAGCCUAACUGAGGAGGACCGAAGACAUACAGACUCUCCUGCGCCUCCUCUUGUGCCCCCUCCACCUCUUGAUCUUUCUCCACCGUCUACUCUUAGAAUAAACGUCAACAAUGCUUCACUGGAUCCUUUAAACCGAGACAGCAAGGCUGUUAGUGUUCCUGCUACCAUCUAUAUACAUACGAAUGCUUCUGUGACACGUCAGCCUCUAAGAGGGAAGAAUUCAGAACUCGCUGAACCGUUGCCCUCCUCACCUCAUCAACUGGCUCAAAAAGACACCAUGGUACCCAGUCUAGGGCAACGGGCAUUCGACAUGGGGGCUUACAAACCAUUGGGUUUUGAGUCCUCUUUUUUAAAGUUUAUAAAGGAGACUGAAGAGAAAUCUCAGUUCGACCCCCUGCGGACAGUCUUAAACCCUUGCUAUAAACCCGACGCUUCCCGUCGACGUGGUUCCUUCCGACACAACUACUCUGUCAAGGAGAAUAACUUAAGACGGUCCGGCAUCAGUCACACUCGGAUGUCUCAUUUGUCCCCCUUAAAGUCCCUGCUUUCCACAGAAGAAUGUAGUUCUAUCCAAAACCUGCGUUUUAUCUUGGAAAGAGCCUUAAUGGGUUGUGGUGACCAGGCAAUAAAGCAGCUUCAGUUCCUCAAGCCUGUAGUGGUCCUGGAAAGACCCAAGUCAUCCGCUUCCCUGCUUGAUCUUCUGCCCUCUGAAACACAAGCAUAAACUGCGCACACUGCUACUUAGAACUGUGUAGAGUUUUCCCUUCAUGGUUUUUGUUUCCUUUUGUUUUUGGUGAUCCAAAAUACUUCCACAGUAUUUUUUAAUUGUCAUUAUUACAACUUGGUUAAUGGCCAAACUGCCAAGGUGAUGUACCUUGAUUGCUUAAUAGUCACAGGUUUAUAUGUGUCAAAAACAGCAAAUAAAAAAAAAUCUGGGAAUUAAGUUGUUAAUAUUUAUUA